CCGGCCCGGCCGGCCGGGGCGGCUCCGACUGCGCUGCCCGGCGCUGCCGCCGACGCGCGGGAGGCGAGGAGAUCAAGGCAUACAGUGGAGUCUUCUCAGGGAAGAUGUCGUCUUUGACAAUGAGAAGCCGUUGUAUGGACAAAAGAGGAAGUUUCUUUAAGCUCAUUGACACAAUUGCCUCAGAAAUCGGAGAACUGAAACAGGAGAUGGUACAGACAGAUCUCCCAGUGGAAGAUGAAGCUGCUGAUUGGCAAAGUCUAAUAAAGGAUAUGGAUAAUGUCUCUCCUGAGAAAAAUGAUGUCAAAAGCUGUCCCCGGGACUCUGGAUAUGACAGCCUAUCCAACAAGCUGAGCAUAUUGGACAAGCUCCUCCAUACUCACCCUGUGUGGCUGCAGCUUGGUCUGAACGAUGCUGAAGCCUUGGAAAUUUUGCAGACACAACCUCCUGGGAUAUUUCUGGUUAGGAAAUCUGCAAGGCUGCAGAAGAAAGUCAUCUCUCUGCGUCUGUCCAGCGACUGUGGGUCCUGCCUGAAAGAAUUUGCCAUAAAAGAAAGUACAUACACAUUUUCCUUGGAGGGGUCUGCAAUAAGUUUUGCUGAUUUGUUCAGACUCAUUGCUUUCUACUGUAUUAGCAGGGAUGUCCUUCCAUUCACACUGAAGUUGCCUCAUGCAAUUGCUGCAGCAAAGACAGAAGCUGAACUUGAAGAGAUUGCUCAGCUUGGACUGAACUUUUGGAGCUCCCUGGCUAACAGCAAACCCCCGGAUCCUUCACCUCCCUGUAGGCCUGUGCCUUUGGACAGUGCUCGCAAAGACUCCCGCCAGCUCUGCCUUAUAAAUGGAGUGCAUUCUAUACGAACCAGAACGCCUUCGGAGCUGGAGUGCAGCCAGACCAACGGAGCGCUGUGUUUCAUUAAUCCCCUCUUCUUAAAAGUGCACAGCCAGGAUGUCAGUGGAAGUCUGAAAAGGCAGAGCCCGAGAACUCCAGACGUGAAUGGCACAGCGAGGCCUCGCUCCCCCCCGCCCCGGCCGCCACCUCCUGCUAUUAAUAGCACCCUCACGAGCCCGCAGAUUUCCAGGACUAUAAAGCAGGCGAGCAUGCCAGAAACACUCAGCCAUAAGAAGGAGAGGGGCUCGGAUUUGCUGCAGAACAAGCCCACCCCGAUUCCGCCUCCUCGGCUGAAGAAGCAGGCGCUGUGCUCCGAGGCUGACGGUGCCUCCAGAAGCGCGGCCGCCCUCCGGCCCCGCUCCUCCGUGUGCGUGCCCGAGGCAGCCACGGCUGCUCCUCCGCGUGAAACCCUGCCAGCCCUGCCCCAGCCGGCUCCAGCAGCUCCCAAAAAGACUCCAGCUGCCAUCUCUGAGUCACACAUCCCGUGGAAUGGAGGCCGGCAGAGACUGAGCGACAUGAGCAUUUCCACCUCCUCAUCUGACUCGCUGGACUUCGAUCGGAGCAUGCCGCUCUUCGGCUAUGAGGGGGACACCAACAGCAGCCUGGAGGACUUUGAGGGGGAGAGUGACCAGGAGAGCAUGGCACCCCCUUUGAAGCCCAAGAAGAAAAGAAGCAGUUCGUUUGUUCUCCCCAAGAUUGUGAAAUCUCAGCUACGGAAAGUCAGUGGAGUUUUCAGUUCCUUCAUGACCCCGGAGAAGAGGAUGAUUAAGAAAAUUGCAGAGAUGUCCCGGGACAAACGUACCUAUUUUGGAUGCUUAGUGCAGGACUAUGUCAGCUUUCUGCAAGAAAACAAGGAGUGCCAUGUUUCCAGCACUGAUAUGCUGCAAACAAUUCGUCAGUUCAUGACCCAAGUCAAGAACUACUUGUCCCAAAGCUCCGAACUUGAUCCCCCAAUCGAAUCACUGAUUCCUGAAGACCAAAUAGAUGUUGUGCUGGAGAAGGCCAUGCAUAAGUGCAUUCUGAAGCCCUUGAAGGGUCACAUUGAAGCGAUGUUGAAAGAGUUUCAUACCACAGAUGGUUCCUGGAAACAACUGAAGGAAAACCUGCAGCUGGUGCGGCAGAGGAAUCCUCAGGAACUGGGCGUGUUUGUCCCAACACCAGACUUUGUGGACGUUGAAAAGAUUAAAGUCAAGUUCAUGACUAUGCAGAAGAUGUAUUCACCUGAAAAGAAAGUCAUGCUGCUGCUGAGAGUUUGCAAAUUGAUUUACACUGUUAUGGAGAAUAACUCAGGGAGGCUGUAUGGAGCUGAUGACUUCUUGCCUGUGUUGACAUAUGUGCUAGCCCAGUGUGAUAUGCUGGAGCUGGAUACCGAAAUCGAAUACAUGAUGGAGCUGUUGGAUCCAUCCUUGCUGCAUGGAGAAGGGGGCUAUUACUUGACCAGUGCUUAUGGAGCACUUUCACUGAUCAAGAACUUCCAGGAGGAACAAGCUGCCCAGCUGCUCAGCUCAGAGGCCAGAGACACUCUCCGGCAGUGGCACAAGAGGAGGACGACAAACAGGACAAUACCUUCAGUUGAUGAUUUUCAGAGCAGGGCAGUACCUUCAGCUGGAGAAUAACAAAGCAGUGGUUAUCACUUCAUCUUCUGAGCCCAGGCCUGCAUCUCUUCCAUCUGCUUUGGACUAACUGUUAAGGUGCAGCAGUUUGUGAGCUGAAAGAGGGGAGGGAGUUGGAAUUGGGAAGAGAGGAUUUACUCCUUGGAGUUCAGCUGUCUGCAGUUAGGAAGAGGAGAAGCCAUUACGAGCAAUUCCAGUGCCCAGAGCCUGUCCAUCUCCCUGGGAUCCACGUUCUGUUCUCCUGGCCUGUACUUAGGUGUCAGAUUCCAGCAGCUGGAGUCUGUUCUUUCUGCCAAAGCUCUGCACUUUCCAUAGGAGCAUCCAGCACCUUUAUUUCUGCUUGGUGAGGAAAUGACAGAAGAUUCUUUCUGCAGGAUUUGGUAGGAAGUUCCAUCUUCUCUUUCUCUGCAGAUGAACUUGGUCCAGGCUCAGUGUUCACUUGGAUGCAGGAAGAUUCAGGGGGCAGGGAAGACCUGGCAGUGAGUGUGUCCAGUGCUUCUCCUGCUGUUGUCUCUUUCAAAAGAGAGCCUGGAAUUAGUUGAUCCCACCACUCACAGGAUGUGCUUGGCACAAAUGCAAGUGUUUUGCUGUCUACUCAGAAUGGCGAUUUUCUCUCUUCUCUCUCUGAGUCUUGCAGUCCUGAAAUGGAGCACCUUGCCUACAACCAGCAUGGAACAUAUCUGCAGCUCCAGUCAUCUUCCUCCCAGGGAAUCAGGGUGUGGUCAUGGCAUUUCUGUGCUGCAGUCUCACAGCCUUGCUGGCUCUUGGGCCCUGGAGGCUGUUUUUCCACCUUCCCUAAAUGGAAAGAAAAGCAAAAACCCCAGUACUUUGAUGAUGAUGAAAUACAGCUUUCUGGGCAUCUGUAAAAAAAACUUCAGCCUUUCCUUUUCCGUCCAGCAGUCCUGUCCAUCUAAAAACUCACGCUUUUCAAAGCAGGUCUUGUGUGUGAUAGCUUAAUUAAAAAUUAAAUCUAGUGUGUUUUGCCCUAUUUAGGGCUGUGUUUUUUCUACAAGUUCUUCAAACCAGGUUAAAAAAAUGGCUUAGUUCUGUUCAGUCAGGGUUCAGUCCCAUUUUUUAAAACCUAUUGCAGAGUUUAGUGUUCAGUCUUCGUGGUAUUAAGAAAUACUUAAUUAGACAAGAGUGCUCUUUGGAACUUAAGUCAUUGGAAGGUUCUUCUCAGCUGUUAAAACAGAUUGUUUCUGUGAGAGGUAAACUUCUACCAUUGGGAUUUUCAAUGCUUAAUUUAUUCAGCUUACAAACCACGGGUGCCAGCCCAGUCAAUAAACAACUCUUUCUCCUUUUAAUUUUUUCCACCUCCUUCAAUCUCACUGCAUUUUAGUCUUUAAUUCCAGAUUUUUUUUCUUUUAAAACUGUCUCUGGUUUAGAGACAAUUUUAGCAGAAAACACUCUGGAAUUAACAUUUUCUCUAAAGAAAAUGGGUUUGGGCACUCCCUUGCCAUCAAUAUGAAAGGAAUUUCUUGGAUGAAAGUGACAAAAACAAUUUAUUUCUCAAACAAAGUGCCCACAGGGCAGGCAGGGGAAAAGUAAUAACUGUUAUGUAUUGAAGCUCCUCGCUGCUGGUUGAUUUAGAGCUCCCUCUUUAGCUGGCCUGGCCUCCCCGAGGUCCAGAGUGGGGAUGCAGCAUUCAGCUCCCACCAGUGGUCUGGUUGUCAGACCAAAGCUGAGCCAAGCAGUUCCAGAGGAAGCCACAGAAGUCACUGGAGGAUUGCUGUUGCAGUCCCAGGAAAACCUCUUGCCUCGGCUAAUAAAACCAAGGUAGCCCAAAGCAGAAAUGUGACUCCCUCCACGCCGCAAAGCCAAGCACACGGGGAGUGAGUGCCUGAACACAACCUGUGCCAGAGUUCCCCCAGCUCACAGCCCUCCCCUGGACCCAGCCUAAAGCUCCAGGACUCAUUUCUGGGCAUAAAGCAGACCAUGGGGGAAUACAGUAUUACCAUAAAAUCACCCCAAGACAAAAACAAACAGGAAGCAGAUGAAACUGCAUUUCCAUGUGGGGCCUGUUUAGAAUGUAUCCGUGGGCGUGUGUCAGUUUCUACAGGAGAAGACAUCCAGCUUUUGCCUCAAGAUCAGGUGCAUUUACUUGAAUGGUGCAGAGUAAAUUUUCUUUCUGAAUCCCUGUAAAGCUGUCCUGUGAAGCUGGGUUAGGCCAGGCUUGGACACCGGGCUGCAGCUCACGGGAUGGCCAUAAUGUCCGGGAAUCACCAGAGUGUGUUUCACAGCUGGAGCAGGGAGAGGCUUGCUUUUUGUUGCUGACUUUUCAGUUUUCAGAGGCUAAGGACUUUUUGACUUCCUGAUGUCUGCUUUCU